CCCCGCCGCGCGCCCCAGGUGCACUACCGUGAAGGUCUUCUUCUGCAAGCCAGGACAAUUUUAAUUUUAGAAAAUGACAUGUCUAAUUAUUUUGGAGUUGUUUUCGUUGUGGAAAUUUAUUUAAGCGCGCAAGUAACUUUAUUUAUUCGUUCACUUCCACAUAAAUUGUAAUAAAACUGCAGCAAUAAGUUACCUAUAUCGGGUUUUUUUUCGAUGCACGCUGCAAAUGACUUAUUUUUCAUGACAUUUGUCUAGCUUUUACUCAAAUCUCCUAUAUAGCAGUCACAUAUCAAAUAUCUACCUAUAAUUUUUAUUUACUCUCCCCUAUAUCCGUAUGUAUAUAUAAUAUAUUUAUAUACUAUUAUAUUUUAGGUUACACAGUGAGCCGUGUGUUGAUAUUAUAACAUAUUACAUUCCGUGUCAAUCUCAACCUUGACGUUGGCAAAAUCAUCGUUUUGGCGAACGAUGGAGCCAUGAACCUUAAAAAAAAAAGAUUGUUAUUUCAAAAAUAAUAAUUUUCUAAAUCGCUCUUUUGGAAUCUCUCCGAGUGUUUUCGCGGUGUCUUCCUCGGCCGUUGAGCCUGCCUAGAAUAUUGUCUCAAAAUGUCAUUGAACCAAAAAUAUGGUCGUCAUGUGUGCAUGUUGCCGGUGGAGGCGCGGCAGUUCGAGCUGCCGCCGGUCUCCUCGAACUGCUGCAAGUCCGUGCUGGGCAAGCUGCGUGAGUUGACCAUGCCGGUGAUGUGGCAUCAUGGCUCCACGAGAUUUAUCAGGUCAAACAAGAGCAUGAACAAGGAGCGUUGCCGCCAGGUAGCGGCCGGCAACUGGUUCGUGUGGCAUCCGUACAGCCCCAUCAAGUUCUUUUGGGACUGCUUCUUGAUGACUCUCAACUUCGCCGUCUUUCUUUAUAUGCCACUGCAAGUGUUUUAUGAAUGUCCGAACCCAUACGACCCUAUCAUACUCGUCAGCGACGUGUUCGCGUUCCUCUUCGUCAUCAGCAAGUUCAUCACCGGUUACGACGACGAAACUACCAAGAAGGUCGUCCUCGAACCGCGCAAAAUCAUCCACAACUACCUUUUCGGCAGUUUCAUCUUCGACCUAAUCGGCGCCUUGCCGCUACAGCUCAUAACGUUCUACGAAAACUGCACAUACCCUACCCACACGACAAUGUUUCUCUUCAAACUGUUGAGGGCUAGCGCCCUUCAGAAACAACGGAGAAACUUACUUCAGCAACUCGACCUGUCCUACAUCACAGCAGAGGCUGCUGGCGUUUUAAUACGUACAGUUUUGUUCUUCCACUGGGUGACCUACAUUCAUUACCAAGUGCCAGUAAUCUGCGCUCAACACCACGACCGUAAAGGAGAUUACUUCGAAUGGCUGAACAGUGUUGGCAACAAAGAAAGCGUAUUCACCAAAUACGUUAUCAAUUUAUACAACGUUGCAUGCCUCUGCAUAGGAGCGGGAUACACGAAACGAAACUUCGAGAAUAAAAUCCCGAAAUUGCUUCUGACUUCUAGCAUUGGUUUGAUCGGACUGAUGUAUUUCACUUAUACUUUCACAGCGAUAAUUCGUUUGAUCGUUUAUUUGAGGUUGGAGCCGUAUUUGUACAGUGGGCGAUUGAAGGCAUUAGAAUCGUAUAUGACAUUGAAACGAUUGCCGAAAUUUCUUCAGCACAAGAUAAAUUUGUUUUUGAACUACAAAUUCUCGAAGAACUACUUCAAUGAAGCGGCUAUAAUGGACACGAUAAAUGAGCAGAUAAAGCAGGACAUAAACAUGUACUGUUGCAAGAAACACGUGGUUAAUGUGCCGCUGUUUCAAGAUAUGCCGCCUGCGCUGAUCAAUUCUAUCAUAUUCAACUUAUCUCCGAUACUGUUCAUGCCCGGCCAGGUAAUUGUUAAAUACGGCACUAUCGAGGGUGCCAUUUAUCUAAUUUUCACGGGGACCGUUGCGGUCAUGGACGCCAAAGGACGGGAGGUAGCACAUCUGCGCGACGGGGCAUAUUUCGGCGAGCACACACUACUCGACCCCGAAACUCCCCACACGGUCACAAUCAUAGCGCUCGAAAUAACGGAAAUAUUCCAUCUAAGCUACAAAUCGUUCCAGCUAUGUCUACAGCCGUACCCUCACGUGAAACGUCGAUUAGACGAUCUUACGGCGGCUAAUAUAAUUUCUCGCUCAUUCAGAAAGUGAAUUGGGAAUAUCACUGUGGUGUAAUAACCGCUAUUAUUAUAAUAUCGUUUGUCGCUUUCGCUUUAUAGCGCUAGAGCGCAGCACUGGCAUAAGGUGUAAUAGCCAUGUCCCAUUGCUCAGUCGCGCUCCGUCAUUAUGAAGUCCGUCGAUAGACAAGGAAUAAUAAUGCUGAAAUUGUAUGAAGAUUCAAUACAUCAACGCACAUCAGUGUCGAAACCUAUAGUAUACAACGGAAUAGGACAGAGACAGUGGUGCGUCGUCGUAACGGGGCACGACUCUAAUGAGUAUAUUUUGACAGCCCGUGGACAUUCAUUGAUUGAUAUCAAACCAUGAUGACGACCUCAGUGGCGCAGUGGUAAAGUGCUUGCCUCUGAACCGAGAGGUCCCGGGUUCGAUCCCCGGUCGGGUCAUGAUGGAAAAUGAUCUUUUUCUGAUUGGCCCGGGUCUGGAUGUUUAUCUAUAUAUUUAUAUGUUAUAAAAUAUAGUAUCAUUAAGCUAGUAUCCAAUAACACAAGUCUAGAACUUACUUUGGGGCUAGCACAAUCUGUGUGAUUUGUCCUAAUAUAUUUAUUUAUUUUUAUGUUAAACCAUUAAUCCCACGGGAAACAUGCGUUAUAAUAAUUAUAUUUAUAAAUUUAUAAAGUAUGUUUUGUCACUAUCGCAUUUUGCAAAAUUUGGUAUUGACAGAACGAGACAAAACACACUUUAGCUUAAAAUUUGCUUUUCUAUGAAUAACAACGGUUUCGCACUGGUAACGAUUUUCUAUAAGUUCAAUGAGUUAAUGUUUUAAGAAUAAUUAUGUUAAGCGUUGGAUGAAAUAGAUUUGUUAUUACAUUGUUAGUAACACUCAGGUGUUUUAUUCAACUUUUUAUUACACUUAACAACAAUUUAAUAAUAAAUAAUAAUAAAUUUUUUAACAAAAAAAUCUCUUUGAAUUAUUUUCAAAGAUAAUUUCACUACACUAACGCCCCUAGCGACGGAAUCAGUCUCAU